GUUUCUUUCCUCCUUUCCGAGUCGGUUUUGACGGUUAGAGUCGAGUAAUAAAAUGGCGGCCUGGGGCGUGUUAUUUACUGUUCUUUCAGCGGUGUCUGUCUGAGCGGUCGGCUCUCCCCCUCACCGAACAGAGAGCCGAGGCCCUGGGGGACAUGGUGUUGGGGACCCAGGGCUUGCUGACCACGAAGUCCUUCGAGAAUCUACACCCCGGAAGCGACCGGGCGCGCUCAGCCGGGCCACCAGCAGUCGCUUCCCACCGAGCGCUGCGGCCGCGACCUCGCACCAGCUUGCUGUCGCGCAACCGGGCCUUGCCGCAUCCACGACCCAACUAGUGCCGCUGCGGCCGCCGGGAAAGGGAGAAGCCGGCGGAUGUUAGCCACUAAAUAGGAAAAGAAUCCUUGCAGGGACCUGGCCUCUAGAACAGUUGAAGUUCAGUAAGGAAUUAUGUCAGAAAGGUUCAAAGAAAUGGCCAAAAGAACUGCCGAGAAGGAAUUAACAGAUAGAAAUUGGGAUCAAGAAGAUGAAGCAGAAGAGGUGGGAACAUUCUCUGUGGCCAGUGAGGAAAUCUUGAAGAAUAGAGCCAUAAAGAAAGCCAAGCGUAGGAAUGUUGGAUUUGAAUCUGAUAGUGGAGGGGCCUUCAAAGGUUUUAAAGGUCUGGCUGUACCUUCUGGAGGAAGAGGGUUUUCUGGAUUUGGUAAUGGCGCUGGAGGGAAGUCUUUGGAAGGCCUGUCGAAUGGGAACAAUGUAACUGGUUCCCCUUCCUUCACUGAAAGGGCAGUGAUUGAGGCCAAGGCAGCCUUUGGAUCUUUUGCUGCAAAUGGCCCUAUCUCCUUGUUAGAUAAAAAGAUUUCAAAUCCCAAAACCAAUGGCGACAGUCAGCAGCCCUCUUCCUCUGGCCUUAGCACAAGUGCAGCCCGCCACGCGAACGCCUAUCACAAGCAGUUGGCUGCCUUAAACUGUUCUGUCCGAGAUUGGAUAGUGAAGCACGUGAACAUGAACCCACUCUGCGACCUGACACCUAUCUUUAAGGACUAUGAGAAACACUUGGCAAGUAUUGAACAGCAGCAUGGGAGCGGUGGUGGCAGCAGCAAUUCUGAAAGUGAAACUAACAGAAUGUCCAUUGAAACACAGUCUCCUUCCCUAUUGGUUUCAACAAAAUUACAGCAAGCAUCAACGUUUCUGUUUCAUGGCACCAGAACUGAGGAUGUGUCUGAGAAGAGGGUGGAGGCUGCAUCUGAAAAGAAAACGGACCCAUCGCUUGGAGCAACAAGUGCCUCAUUUAACUUUGGCAAGAAAAUAGAUAGUUCUGUUUUGGGUUCAUUGAACUCUGGCCCCCUGUUUGGAUUUUCAUUUUCUUCUGGAAACUCCAGUUUAUUUGGCAAAGAUACUGCCCAGAGUAAACCUGUGUCUGCACCAUUUCCCACUAAAGCACUGGAGAGCCAAGCAGAAGGAGGCAGUAAUGAAUGCAAAGGUGGAGAUGAAGAGAGUGACGAGCCUCCCAAAGUUGUAGUUACCGAAGUAAAAGAAGAAGAUGCUUUUUACUCCAAAAAGUGUAAACUAUUUUACAAGAAAGAUAAAGAAUUUAAAGAGAAAGGUGUAGGUACUCUGCAUUUAAAACCUACAGCAAAUGAGAGGACACAACUUUUAGUGCGGGCAGACACCAAUUUAGGCAACAUAUUGCUGAAUAUUCUGGUUCCACCCAAUAUGCCAUGUACCCGAACAGGGAAAAACAACGUGCUUAUUGUCUGUGUUCCAAACCCACCCGUGGAUGAGAAGAACGCCGGCACGCCAGUCACUAUGUUAAUUCGUGUAAAAGCAAGUGAGGAUGCGGACGAGCUGCACAGAAUCUUACUGGAGAAAAGGGGUGCCUGAGCACACUUUGAGGAAUUGCUGUCAAGCUGCUGCUCCCCCACCGCCCCUUAAACUAGGCAGUUUUUCUUCUCUAACUUUGACAUUCUGAGAACUUAAGAUAACUUAAAACUUUUGUGAGGAUGAUUAAUGUGGCCAAUAAAAAUUUUAAGUGUUAAGUGUUAAGAAACUGUAUUCUCCUUUCUUAAGAACUAUCUAAUGUGUGAAAUACAUUUGAAUGAAAUUUUUUGGAAGCUUUUUAAUAUUCAUUUAUUAAACUGACCAUAAGUGAUUUCUUAAUGGACUGAGAUCAGGGUACUAAUGAGAUUUCCCAAAGGCUUUUCCCAUCCACAGUUUCGAGGUUCUCUGCGUUCCAACAGUGUGUGUCCAGAAGGAAACUUACCUGUAGCGUUCUCUCUAGUGGACUUGGCUGAUUUAUAUGCUGCCAUGCUGGGACAAAUGUUCUUUGCUUCAUUUUUUUAAGUGGUAUUUUAAAGCUGAGAUGUGAUUAAAUGUUCACCUUCAGCUUUAGAGUUGUUAGCUGUUUAUUUGCGGGUGUUGGCCUUUAACCUUGUAGACUGCUCUACUAUGAUUCAGGAACUGCUUUUUCAUUUUAAAAGGAAACAAGUAGCUUGUUCUUUGGUUUUGUCAAUUUGGUUUUAUAGUUUUAUCCAUGAGGUGCUGUUACUUCUGUAUCCCCCUGGAGACAAAUGGGCUAGAGGGGGAUUGCCAGAAAUGAGGUUUAAAAGCACAAAUUUGGUAGUUUACAGUUUAUAGACCGUGGACAGUAAACUCAUACAAAGAAAGUUAGGUCAGGGUUGAGCCAUGCUACAGAAGGAAGAGAACAUGCUCUCAGUGACCUGCACCCUGGUGAACUCUGGGUCUAAAAACUACCACUACUAAAAGUCAUAGGAGCUGUUACACACACGAGCCAUGUGAAUUAACCAGGAAUCAUGCAAUAAGGUAAUGGAAGAGAAAAUUAUGUGUAUAAAUGUUGCCUUUAACAUUAGACAGUAGUGUCUUCUACAUUUGAUACCUGAAAUUUCCAUUUACUUUUUUAAGAGUAAAAUAGUUUGUUUGGAUGGGAGCCAUGUCUGUACACGAGGAUAUCCGUGUCACUCCUCCGUAGCUGUUAGGUAACUGACAUUCUUUCUUUGAAGACUCUGGGCACAUGAACUAAAUGCAGAUUUUAACGUUUCAGUGUCCACUUCAUCAUUCCUCAUGAAUCAUCUUCAAUGCUGGUAUCAGAUGAUCUUUAAAGGCUCAGGAUCCAUGCCUGAGGGCUCACACUUGCAUAUUGUGAUCUUUAGGACAUAAUGUCUUCUGACUUGGAAAAGAGUAGUCAAAAUGUAGAUAGUACAGUUGCUUUUUUUAAUAGAAGCUACAAUUUUUAGAUGUAAAGGGGGUGGGGAAACCAUUUUAUGAUCAAAUAUUUUAGGUUUCAGGCACUUGUGGUAAGAUAGUUGGGUCCAUGUUUACCAUGGGAUCCUUGUACUACUAUGCUGUCUGCUUCCAGAGGGCGAAUGUGGGUGCCGUGCAGAGGCGUGCUGACGCCAUAAUGGAUGUGGUUAAACUUAGCUGUACUGUAGAUCCAGGGAGGAAGUGACCAUUGUGUCUGCAUUUACUUUUCAGAAUUGAGGCCAUUCGUGAAUUUUGUUGUAAUUUAUAGUAAUCAGGUGGUUGCUGCUGUUCUAGUAGUACAGAUCUUGCCCUCCUCACUGUCGUUUUAUCCAGCUGUUAGAGGAAGAGGAAGCCCAGGGACAGACUUGAGUGCAGUGUGGUACAAUUUAGCCACACACGCCCAUGUUCCCAACAAAGUGGUGGGCGUCCCUGGGCAUACAUCUUGUGAGUGGGCAUUGUGUUGUUAGCCUUUGCAUGUGGAGUGGAAUGUUCACCAGAAAAUGGCAUGAGAAGAUCAUGAUUGGAUUACCUUUUAACACUUACUGUAAAAAGUUUAUUUUUAAAUUAGUGGAUCUGUGUGGCUUUCUUUUUUCCUAACAUUCCCAGCAAAUUCUUGCUGCUAAGACUCACUGUUAGUGAAAAUUACAGGGGAAAAUGUGUGUACCAUAACUCCAAAUGUGACAUUGUCUUAAAACUGCUCUUAUGCUUUAGGAACUUGUUGGUCUCCACUUCAAUUAUGUAUUAGUAUAAAAAAGUCCAUUAUGUAUGAAUUGUACUGUAAAAUCUAAGUGCUUGUAUGUUAUUUGGGGGAGGGGGCCACCUUGCCCUCUGUAGGGCUUGCCUUUCCUUUCCCACUGUAUGGAUAGCUAAAUUCUUCCCCCCCGGAUUAAUUUAUUCCUAACAAAAUAUUAGCAAUUAAGCUUUAAAAUGUUUAAUGUGGACUGAAAGUUUCAUCUUUAAUUUGAGAGUCUAUAAAGUAUGUCAUAUAUGGCCUAAAUGAGGCAUGUAUAUCUGUAAAUCAGACUGUAUUGCAUCUUGACAUUGAGUGUCCCAGUGGCCUUUUUAAAAAAUUGGUAUGUGUCCAUCUCAUCCUUUUGUGCAUUCCCAGUAAGCAAAAAAUUGAGUGUUCUGCUGUCUUACUAGAAUUAGACUGAAAAUGUGUGUCCAGUUUUUAAAGUAGUUUAGAUUGUUUUUCAUGGAAGGACAGGUUGACCAUUUAUGGACUGGUUUUCUUUAAAAGGAUUAUAGUUUUACAAUUCUAAAUCAUAUUUUUUUAUAUGCUGCAUGCCAAAAAUAUCUACCUCCUUUGAGGUAGUGAAGAAAACACUUAAUACUCCACCUUACCAUUAGGAGUUCAAGUUUUCACUGAGAAAGCAUUUUUUGGUUUACAGGUAAACAAGUUGUUUGUUUUUGAGCAUUUGGCAGUUAUUCCUACAUUUCAGAAGUCAAAAUGCAAGCACAAAGUAUUUGAAGGCUUUGCGAACUAAUAGCCUGCUCCCAAACCCCUGAGUAUUCUUUCUCAUGUUGGAAGUAAGGAUUUUAAGUAGAAAUUGAUUUAUCCUGUAGUACUGGUAGGUGAUGGUAGGAGCCCAACAAAACUGGUCUUCCAAUCCUGUGUUCGGAGCACAAGGCCACUUGUAUGUUCUUGGCUAGUGGCAAUCAUGGUAGGGACUUGGGACUCUGCAUCUGAUGCAGACACAAGGGUAACAGAGAUGUAAAACUUCUUAGUAAUCAAAUGGACAGAUUGUUUGCUAUCUUAAAUACAAAAAUGUUUUCUAAAAUGAAGAUACUUGAAUUGUCAAUGUAAUCUUGAUUUGUGUUAGUGUUGGAAUGGUCCCACUGAGGAAGUGUAACAAUCCAUGAAAUGUGAAUAAAUGGAAAGUAAACAGAA